AUGUCUAGAACUACAGUAUUACAGCAAUACUUAAUAAGAUUUGAUAUCUGGCUAUAUAUAUUAAUGCCAGUCCUUAACGUUGUAAAAAAGCAGCUUAAACCUUUAGAUACUGGUUAUAACAAACUUUGUAUUCAUUAUAUACAGACAGACUAUAUACAAGGGUAUACCUUUACUCACCUAAUAGCUGAUUUUGCUUCUUUCUCUCAGAAGACUAGGAUUAUAAGUGAAGUAGAGACAAAGGAGCUAGAGCAGUACUUUUCCCUACAGAAGAUUAAGGCAUAUCCAGAGGAGGUUAAGGUUAAGAUAGAUAGUAUUAGUAAUUAUAAGGAGGAAGAUAUAGUAGAUCCUAAGGAGAGAGAGGAAAUACCUAGCUUAGACAGUUAUAAUUAUAAGGAGCUACAGCUAAUACAGUCUCUACUACUAUCGUAA